AUGGAGAUAAACAAAAGAUGCAUUUCAGCAUUUGCUAAGAACGAGCCAUUCGUGGCACUGGCCACUAAGUCCAAGCUCUUCGAUCCCACAUUUUCACUAACCAGUGAACUUAUUCUAGUUGACUAUAUGUCUGGAAAGAUUUAUCCAGCCGUCACAACCGAGUUAAAAUUUUGUAAAAUUUUAUGGUGUGAGUUCGGAGAAUUCCAAUAUUUGGUUGCAGGCCAUGAAAAUGGAGUAAUUUCAAUUUACAAUAGAACAGAGGACGGGCUUGCUCUUCUGAAGUCCAAGCAAUGUCUUGAAGAUGACAUCACAGCACUAGAUUUCCUUGCAUCCAAGGCUGUGCUUGUUGCCGGAUCCUCGAAAGGAAAAAUAGUGUUUUGGACACUCUCAAAUAUGGAAAAGGAAUAUGCACUAGACAUUCCCAUUUCAAUAAGUAUUUCUGCAAUCGCAUGGAAUCCGAAAGUUUCAAAAAUUCUUUGUGUUGGAUCUGCAGAUGGAGUCAUCAAAGUUCUUGAUAUUAAAAAGAACUCGGUCAUUAUGACACUAAAUAGUAAAGAGUUUUCGGAAGUACGACAUCUUGAGUGGGAUCCGGAAAACAACACCAAGCUGAAUGUAAUGAGCGAGAAGGGAUACAUUACUAUAUUUGACUUGUCAAAUGACACGGUCACAAAGCUUGGGGACCAUAAAGACCCCAUAAUAGGAUUUUAUAGGGAUAUUAUUGUCUCAAAGUCACAAAUUGAGGUAGGAGGAACAUUCAUUAAAGUAAGUGACAGUUUUGAAUGUGCAAUAUCAAAAAGGGAUCCGGUUUUGUCCCUCAGUUAUGUUAGUGGAUCUACAAAUGUUAUUUCCAUUCCGGUAAUGAGGAAGACCGUUCCUUUUUGCAGGGUAUCGAGAUAUCUAUAUACACCAGCGUCUAAGUUUGAGAUAAAGGUUGUCAAUGCUGCUGAAGCACCAUCUAUGGAUGCCUUUUAUCACUCGCUGCUAGAAAUGGUUUAUUCUGCUAAGAGUCUCGAGGAAGUUGCUGAGUAUCUCCUAAGCAACAGUAAGAAUGUACCUCGCGAUCUUGUUGAUAGAAAAGCCAAUAUUGAUAUAGAUAUUAAUGACCCGCAUACUCUUGAUUUUAUUCAUGGCAAUAUCGAAAACCUGAAAACCAGCAAAACCAGUCUGAACCUGGGAGCUCUAGAGUGCCUGUUUUCAAAAAAUACAUCAUGUCUUGCUGCCAUUACAGAUUUUAGAAUUGUAUAUGUACUUUGCAGACUACUAAAUGACUAUGAUGCACUUUCAAGAAUUUCAAAUCCAAGGCUUCUUGCCACACUUCUCAUCUUUAACAAAAUUAAGAAAUUUGAUCUUCUGUCAAAUUCAAGGGAGGGCCGAAUUCUAAAAGCAAUACUAACAAAAGAUUAUGGAAUGUAUAUUGAUAGUAGAGUUCCACCUAACAUUUCAUAUUUGAAGCAAAUGAAAAUGCUUGAGGCCCUAUUCAAAGAGAUUGAACCAUUUAUCACAGAGCCAGUCAGGUCCUCAAAGCUAUCGGAAUAUUUUUGGUACAAGGUGUUUAUUGACGGACCAAAAAGCGUUGAAUAUCUAAACAUUUCCGAUCCAAAUAUUCAGUUUUACGUAAAAAUGCAGACUUCCCAAGUUUUGAGUGACAGAAUGAAAGGCUUGUCAGUCAAGAGUGCACCAGUAGAUCAGUCGCCACAUAGGAUACAGCAACCACCGAUGCCGUCAUCCAGUCAGUUAAGUUACAACAUGCUCCAAUCUAAGCAGCCAAGUUGCAACGUGGCUUCGGCUCCACAACAGGGUUUUAAUGUGCCCCAGCAAAGACCUUCACAGCCAAGCUUUAGCGUACCUACAGCACCACAGCAAAGCUUCAAUGUGCCCCAGCAAAGACCUUCACAGCCAAGCUUUAGCGUACUUACAGCACCACAGCAAAGCUUCAAUGUGCCCCAGCAAAGACCUUCACAGCCAAGUUUUGGUACGCCUUCUCAGCUAGGACUUGGAGUCUCGCAACAAGGAGCUUUUAUACCAAAGAAUCAACAGGCAGCAGACUUUGGGCAAGGCCCGGUUUCAGGUGCCGUCUAUCCUGCUCCUGCACAGCCAUCUUUCACUGUACCACCAAAAUCCCCCUAUCUUCCACAGAGACAAAUUAGCACACCAGCUGCUGGCUAUCCAAAUAUUCCUCAGCCUAAUCCACAGGCAACGCCUGCUCCUUUUAAGUCAUUUUCGCCUUCUGGAUUUUCAGGAAUACCGCAAAGAUCUGUUCCACAAAUGCCUUCCUCACCCAGAGGACAGCUUCAAAACAUACCAUCAAAGCCCACAGAUCAAAUUCAAGUUGAAAACGCAGACAAAAUUGCAUCCGAUUUUACACAUCUAGUUUCUGAAAUUCGACAGAAAGCGGAUGCCAAUAAAUCACUAAUACUCAGACAAAGAAAGCAGCAAUAUCUCAAUGCACUGAGUCCAUAUGACAGUUUAGACAAGAGCAGACUGCCCCCGCUUGUUUUACAUGUUAUGGAUCUUGUCUCAAAGAGGGUCGCGGCAGCUGAUGAUAAUAUGAAGAGUGAUCUGGACAUUCUAGUAGAUGGAUAUAAUGAUGUUGUCUGGUUAAAGGCAGCAGUUGAACUCAUAAAAAUGGUUUAUUAA